AUGGCGCCCACCAAGGAAAUGAAGCUUCGGUCUUCCGAUGCUGCUCUGCAGCUGGUUGAUCCCGACCAGACGUUGAAGGCGUCCAAGGCGCUCCUGGCGCAUAUGAAGAAGGCCUCCAAGGAAAAGGCAGAAAAGGCCGACAAAAAGAACCUCUUGGCUGCCGACUCGGACGACGAGACUUCCUUGAACGAGCAGCCCGUCUGGUUGACCCUGACCACCAAGAGACACAUUGUCGACUCCAGCCGCCUCAAGCCCGGCAAGAUUGUGCUGCCGCAUCCUCUGAAUACCGACCCCGAGCUGAGCGUCUGCCUCAUCAGCGCCGAUCCCCAGCGCCACUACAAGAACCUCGUUGCCUCGGAAGAGUUCCCGGAAGAAUGGCGCAAGCGAGUCACUCGAGUUAUUGACGUUGGCAAGCUUCAGGCCAAGUUCAAGCAGUACGAGGAGCAGAGGAAACUCUACGCCGAGCACGACAUUUUCCUCGGAGAUUCUCGCAUCAUUACUCGACUUCCCAAAGUACUGGGCAAGACCUUUUACAAGAACACGGCCAAGCGCCCCAUCCCUGUGAAUCUCGAGUCGAGAAACAAGCCCAAGGUGGAUGGCAAGAAGGUCAAGAAGGUCAAGGGAGACGAUACCCCCAAGUCAUGCACUCCUGCCGAGCUCGCCGCCGAGAUUGAAAAGGCCGUCGGCUCUGCCCUCGUGCACCUGUCGCCAUCGACCAACACUGCCGUCCGCGUGGGCUAUGCCGGAUGGUCUGCCGACAAGAUUGCCGCCAACGCAAACGCUGUCGCCGAGGUCCUGGUGGAGAAGUACGUGCCGCAAAAGGACAAGAACGUUCGCGCCAUGUACCUCAAGGGUUCCGAGACGGUCGCCCUGCCUCUGUACCUGGCGGACGAGCUGUGGCUGGACGGUCAAAAGGACAUCAUGACCAAGGAGGCCGAGGAGGCCAAGGCUCUGGCCGAGAAGCCCAACGUUGGCAAGAAGCGAAAGUCUCUGGACGCGCAGCCCGAGGAGACGGCGCCGGCGACCAAGAAGGCCAAGAAGACCAAGGCAAAGGCCCAGCCCGAGAGCGACGACUCCCACCUCGACAAGGAGAUUGCAGAGCGCAAGGCCAAGCUCAAGAAGCAGAAGGCUGCGGCCAAGAAGGCUGUCGAUGUUUAA